UUCUCUUUUUUUUAAUCUCUAGCAGAGCGCUGACACACAAACAACGACUUCACUUUUGUCCCGGAGCGUUGUUUUCUAAUUUCUUCAGGUGUCGCUCUCCGCUUCCUUUUGGAUCCGUUUGGACUUUACGCACUGAUUCGGACCUGCGGCGCAUCGUGCCCUGGACGCUCCGACAUGGCGCGUUUGUUCCUGCCGUGUCUCCUGCUGCUCGUAUCGGUGCAGACGGCUCGCUCCUCCGGGGUCUUCGAGCUGAAGAUCGACUCGUUCACCAGCUCCCGCGGCAUCUGUCGCUUCCAGCCGCAGGACUGCCAGAUCUUUUUCCGCGUGUGCCUCAAGCACUCGCAGCACGUCAUCAACCCGGAGCCGCCGUGCACGUACGGCACCGCGCUCACGGAGAUCUUCGACUCCAACGCCAUCUCCGGGAGCGCGCCCAUCAGGGUGCCCUUUCACUUCAAGUGGCCGGGCACUUUCUCGCUGAUUAUUGAAGCCUGGAACGCGGAGUCUAAAGGUCUGGAGUCCACAGAGAACCAGAACAACCUGAUCAGCCGCCUGGCGACGCGCCGGAAGCUCACCGUGGCCGAGGAGUGGUCUCAGGACGUGGACUUCGGGAACCAGAGCGAGCUGCGGUACUCGUACCACGUGGUCUGCGACAAGUUCUACCACGGAGAGGCGUGCUCGGCCUACUGCCGGCCCCGGAACGACACCUUCGGACACUACACCUGCGACGACGACGGGAACCGGCACUGCCUGGAGGGCUGGAGGGGCGAUUACUGCUCGGACCCCAUCUGUGCGGCGGGCUGCAGCGAGGAACACGGAUUCUGCGAGCUGCCCGGCGAGUGCGUGUGCCGGCAGGGCUGGCAGGGCGAGCGCUGCGACGAGUGCGCCCGCCACCCGGGCUGCCUGCACGGGACCUGCCAGCAGCCCUGGCAGUGCAACUGCAAGGAGGGCUGGGGAGGCCUGUACUGCAACCAAGACCUGAACUACUGCACCAACCACAAGCCCUGCCAGAACGAAGCCUCCUGCACCAACACGGGCCAGGGCAGCUACACCUGCACCUGCCGGCCCGGAUUCACCGGCAAGAACUGCGAGAUCGAGACCAACGAGUGCGACAGCAACCCCUGCAAGAACGGCGGCAGCUGCAAAGAUCUGGUGAACGAUUAUUCGUGUGCGUGUCCUCAAGGCUUCUACAGGAAGAACUGCGAGAUCAGCGACAUGACCUGCGCAGACGAGCCGUGUUUCAACGGAGGGACCUGCAUGGAGAAGUCGACCGGCGGCUACAGCUGCCGCUGCCCGCCGAGCUACACCGGCUCCAACUGUGAGAAGAGGAUCGACCGGUGCAGCAGCAGCCCCUGUGCUAACGGUGCUCAGUGUUUGGACCACGGUAACCGGGUCACGUGUCGCUGCCGGCCGGGCUUCUCCGGCUCUCGCUGCGAGACCAACAUCGACGACUGCGCCAGCAAUCCGUGUCGCAACGCCGGCACCUGCGUCGACGGCGUCAACGACUUCACCUGCACCUGCACCCUCGGCUUCACCAGCAAGGACUGCUCGGUGCGCACCAGCCCCUGCGACCACUUCCCCUGCGACAACGGCGGCACCUGCUUCACCCACUUCACCGGGCCGGUCUGUCAGUGUCCAAAGGGCUUCAUGGGCGCCCGCUGCGAGUACUCGGUCGCCAUAUCGACCGUGCAACCCCCGCGGGACGACGACGCCCCUCCGGCGCUGAUCGCCGCCGUCGCUCUUGGUUUGGUGACGCUGUCGCUGCUGCUUUGCGCCGCCGUCCACAUCCUGCGGCAGCUCCGGCGGAGUCGGGAGCUGGCGGCGCUCUCCACAUCGGUGAAGAACGACCUGGAGACGGUGAACAACCGUAACGCCGUGAUCGGAGGAGGAGGACCGAACAACGGGGUCUUACCCGGGGCGCCGCUGGGCAGCCUGAAGGAGAAGGAGGCGCUACUCAUCCCCGGAGGUCACCUCAAAGUGUCCAAUAAGGACGCGGCGCUGGUGGACAAGGGCGGCGACAACGUGUCCAUGUUUAAAAACAAAAUGGCCGACUGUAACCUGGCGAAGGAGGAGCAGCGUCUGGACAAGAACAAGUUUGACCUUAAGAAAUGUGACUCUCCCGUCAUCGUCCCUCCUCUCAGUUUUGCAAAGGAAAGCCUGUAUCACUCAGUGUUCAUCAUCCCGGAGCAGAUGGAGCAGUGUGUGUUUGCUACUGAGGUAUAACCUCGAGUUUUCAGACCGCCAGCGGAGAAACUCUUUCGCUGGAGGCCUGAAACCUUUUCUGUCCAGGACAGAACACCCAGAGGAUCUAUUCUACACACAUGUUUUUAUUUAAUAUUUAUUACUGCUGCUCAAUGGAAACAAACAGAAAGAAAUGACUUGUGGUUUUUUUUUAUUUUUAAUUUUUUAUUCUGCUUUGAUACUGACAAUGUUCGGAUGACAAUGACGAGAGAAUGGAGGAAAGACUGAAUGUCCGGCGCCAUUUGCACUAUUUAUCUUUUUUUUUAACUUUAAAGCUUAAUAUAAUUUUCUGCCAGUCUGUCCUGUUUUAAUCUUCCUUUGGAUCAAACAAGACGUGAGUUGUCCACCAAUCGGAAAGACCGGUGCCUUAGCUACGCUCCCUAAUCAUUGUGGCAACGUUUUCACGAUCGGUUUCCCAACAAGAUGUCAAUCAGAUCUCCAGAGGACCUGCUUACAGCACCGGGAGACCCAACUCUUUGUUUUAGGUCAAACAACCUGAACUUUUCUACGGAUAAUUUGUCGGAACUGGAUAUUUUGUGAGUGACUUUUUCAAUCAUCUUGCCGUCCUGUUUGUUGUAUAUUGUUGUUGUUUUUUUUUUAGUUUCUUUGGAAGUGAAACGUCACGCCGUGGCCUGUAGGAAGAAGAACGUCCGCCUUACAAUCACCGUCCAAACCUACGAACUCUCAAGUGCCUCUUUUUUUAAAAUCAGCAAAAAGACUUAAAGCCAGAACCGGCAGAAUCUACUGAAAGAAAGGGAGACUUUUUGUAUUCGUGUUUCGUUUUACAAGCCCAGAAAUCUCCUCCAGGAACGAGCCUUUGUCCUGGUGUUUGAGCCUCUCCGGUCGUCUAAUCCCCAGACUUUAGGACUAAACGAGGAAGAACUUCUGUCAACAAUCAGCUGUUUUCAUGAGUCGGAUUACCGUUUUUCCACUCGUCUUCCUGCCUUUUUCCGCCGUCGCAGGUCGCACAGAUCUUAUUUUUCUAUGAAUCAGAAAGACUUGCUUCUUCUCUGCUGCCUUUAUCGACAAGUAAAAGAUAAACACUCGUGAUGUUCUGCAUCCGGGUGGGAAAAAAAAAAAGGUUUGUAUCCGUGAAGGACUCCAAAGAGAGUUUUUAUUCCAUCUCUUUUUUUUUUUUUUAAUCCAUUUUGAUACCAAAAAUCUGUGUUUCUUCCUGUGUAGUCGUGUCUUUGUGUUAUCUUGGUUAAUUUAAGGAGACAAUGCAAUGUGUACAUAUCCUCCAGAAGACGCUUUUCCUAUUUAAUUUUGUGCUUUUGUACAUAAUUUUUGUUUUUUGUUUUUUUUGUAUUUAUGAAAGAGAAUUGUAUAUAUGUCUAUGUUAUUGUGCCUCAUGUCUCAGUCAGAAUCAAGAAAUAUAUAUUUUUCAUAAAUAAAUUAGGAAAGGAAA